GUCACCUGCCCGCGUCCAGGAGGGGCGUUUCUCCGACUUGGUUUUCACAGAUGCCGCCCGGCCCGGGAUUUCUUGGCAGGAUCCAAGUGACAAGCCCUCAGAGCAGGAACCUGGGGCGAGAAGAGAAGGAGCCGGUGUUAAGGAAGCCUGGACAGACACCCUCGCUCUGAUCCCUGCACUCCUCCGUCGGGCGUGUGCGGUGAUCGCUGUGCGGGGACGCGGGCGCGCAGGGUGCGCAGGCUCUGGCUGGGUGCUAGAGGGAAGUCGGUAUGGCUGGGCAGCGCUCACGGCUUCUGCUCUGCCUGCUGUCCUGGCUGCCGUUCCUGGAAGGCGCCAAAAUCCUGACGCUGUCCUUGUUCGGGGGGAGCCAUUAUUUCCUGAUGGACCGUGUCUCUCAGACUCUUCAAGAUCAUGGGCAUGAUGUGACCUUCCUUCAACCUAGUGGACUGGCUUUCGUAUCAGGUUUUAAAGUGGAGAAAAAAUACCAAGUUGUCCAUUGGUUUCCUCCUGAAGACUAUACUCAGGAAUACAAGAAAGAUGUUGAUUUCUUUUUAAAUGAAGGUUUGCAGGGAAGAAACUUGCUCACAAACUUGCUGAAGUUCAUGAAGCUGCAUGCGACGCAGUGCAGUCAUUUGUUGAGAAGAACAGAUAUCAUGGGCCCCUUGAAAAACGCGAGUUUCGACCUGGUGGUGGUUGACGGCUCCGACAACGGUGCUUUCCUGGUUGCCGAGAAACUUGGAAGCCCUUGGGUGGCCAUGCUUCCUGUCACGUUCGGGAGCGUGAGUUUUGGGCUGCCCGAGCCUGUGUCUUACGUCCCGGUGUUCUCCUCCCUCCUGACGGACCGCAUGGAUUUCUGGGGCCGAGUGAGGAACUGUCUGAUGUUCCUCGUUUCUGCCUGGGUGGAAUGGACUAUCAGCGCCCAGUUCGAUGACGUGAUAAGAGAACAUUUUCCGGAAGACUCUAGGCCAGAGUUAUUUCAUCUCCGACAAAAAGCAGAACUGUGGUUUGUUAAUUCUGACUUUGCCUUUGAGUUUGCCCGGCCCCUGCUUCCUAACACGGUUUAUAUUGGAGGUUUAACGGACAGACCUGUUGAACCAAUACCCCCAGAAUUUGAGAAGUUCAUUGCCAGCUUCGGAGAUGCGGGUUUUGUCCUUGUAGCCCUGGGCUCCUUGGUGAGCAAGUUUCCGUCCCGGGUGCUCAAGGAGAUGAACAGUGCAUUUGGACAGCUGCCUCAAGGGGUGAUAUGGAAGUGCAGCCCUUCUCACUGGCCCAGAGACGUCAAACUGGCAGCAAAUGUGAAAAUCGUGGACUGGCUUCCUCAGAAUGACCUCCUGGCUCACCCAAGCAUCCGCCUGUUUGUCACACAUGGAGGGCUGAAUAGCGUGAUGGAAUCUAUCCAGCAUGGUGUGCCCAUGGUGGGGAUUCCUUUGCACUGGGACCAGCCUGGAAAUAUAGUUCGAGUGGAAGCCAAAAAUCUGGGUGUCUCCAUCCCGAUGGAACAGCUCACGGCAGAGACCCUGGUUCUUAAAAUGAAGCAAGUCAUCGAAGACAAGAGGUACAAGGCGGCAGCGGUGGCUGCCAGCAUCAUCAGGCGCUCCCACCCCCAGACCCCCGCCCAGCGGCUGGUGGGCUGGAUCGACCACGUCCUCCAGACGGGGGGAGCGGCGCACCUCAAACCCCACGCCUUCCAGCAGCCGUGGUAUGAGCAGUACCUGCUGGACGUCUUCUUGUUCCUGCUGGUGCUCACCCUGGGCACCAUGUGGCUCUGUUGGAAGCUGCUGGGCCUGGUGGCCGGGUGGCUGUGUGGGGCCAGGAAGCGGAAGACGGCCUGAUGCAUGGUGCCGACUUGGAGGGGGUGUUGGUGUGGGGGUCACCAUUUCUCAGGAGCCUCCCACCAGUUCUGGCGGCCCCUGUUCUCCACAUCACGUUCAUUUGCUAAUUUUGCUACAAAUUCCUGCUCACUGGCUUCUUCCUAGGCUGGAAGUUCCUUACUCAGCACUGUUGCCUUCUUUGCUUGGCAGUCGGCAGGGCUCGGUCUUUGAGUCUGUUGCUGGGAAGUUUGGACCCGUGACCCCUGAAGCCCAUUCUCUUCAUCACGCCCCUGCCUGAGGCACCGAUACUGCUCCGUUUCAUUGUCCAGGUCCAGUGUCUUCUCCGAGUCUCUCCUUCCUUCCUGCCUCCACUUGCCACAGAAUAACACCCAAGACAGGCACUUGGCUCAGUCUUUUGUUUUCUAUUUACUUCUCUUGCAAACUGUCAAAGCUCAAGAAGCCUGUGCCUGUGCCCUCGGGUCCUGAUGCACAGCUUUGCAGGGUCCAUGUCUGGCUCCUGUCUUGGUGCCCCCCGCAUGCAGAGCUCUCUCGAGUCUCUGAGGACCAGCUGGGAGACUGUGGGGCGGUCAUGGCCAGGACAGGCCCUGGUCCACUUUCCAUCACUGUGCACUGUCUUCUGAAUUCUUCCAUUAAAAAAAAUAAAGUCAUGAAAAAGAA